AUGUGUCACUGGUACGAACGGGAAGUGAAGGCAGAGAAGGGUGGUGAUGCUGGCGAUGCUGCGGCUGCAGCCGCAGCCUUUUCGUCGGGGAAAAUCGAACCGAACGCUGACUUGGUCACGCACGAGCGCGUUGGGGUGCAGGAGGAGGGGGGCGAACACAACAAGGUGGAGGACGACUGUGUCCAGGCACAGGGCGGCCCACCUUCUUCUCUGGAAUCUCGCCAGCCCCCGUCGCACGCCAAGGGCAUCAGCGGUGGCGGCGAACACCCGCGCCAUCCUUCGUCGAUGGACAGGCUGGCCAGGCUCGUGUCGCGAGCGAUGGUGGCGAUAGCGAAGGCUGAAACCACGACCUCAGCAGCCUCGGAGGGUGUGGGGCUUGACCUCCGCUGCAGUGGCAACGCCGCCGCUGUCGCCGCCGUCACGUGGCCAACAUCGCAACCGGAAGCACCCUACCCCGAUCAGAACGACCCCACCGCCGCCGCCGCCGCCGCCGCCGCCACCGCCGCCCACAGCGGCAUCAUCGGCCACCCCGCGCAGCAGCAGCAGGGAGAGCAAGAAACCCGCUUGACGUUUCGUGAGGCCCACUCCGACUACAUCCACCUGCGAGAAAAGUCCCGCCACAUCGAUGUCCGUUGCUCGGCGUCCAUCAGAACUCUGCAGAGCGUGUCCCAGGCCGUCAGGGCGCCCGGACGAGGGCUGCACCAGUCGUACGAUGCCUACCUUCGCGCGUACUACUUCUUUCGGGCGGUCGAAAGGUCGGUCCGCGCCGCCGACGUGCAGGAGGACGCGGCUAGGCGCGAGCUCCGGACGGCGAGCCAGGCUGCCCGGUCGGGCCUAAGGAAGCAAGCCCGGGCGGAGGCGGCUCUACGGGCGUUCGACACCACCGGCGGUGGAAGCAGCAGCUCGUCCUCUUCUUGUUCUUCCUCAGUCAACGACGUCAGCGAGGAGAUGCUACCGCCGCCGACGCCGGCGCCGCCGCUGCCGCCGCCACCGUCGGAGGAUUCGGUCCCAAAAGAGGGAGGAGCGGGCACAGCAGGAGGAGAGCGCGAAGAGCACGAGGAAAACGAAGCCGAGACGGCGAUGAUGCCCUGCGUCACCCGCGCGAGCCUAGAGCUCGCCCUCGGGAUCGCCCGUCUCGAGGCGAGGCGAGCCUUCGCCGAGAAGCACCGCGCGCAGGCCGUGGCCAACGACGCGCUGAUCCUGGUCGGCGCUCUCACGGCCGGCGACUGGUCUCUCGCGGGCGAGCAGUACGACGCGGCCAGAACCGCCUUCCACGAUGCUUCGAGGGACGCGCUUUCCAAGAUCCAGGAGUUCGAGGACCAGACCUUGUUGUUUAAGAAGCUCAUGCAAGGCAGGGUUGAGAUCCGGCGGCAGCUGGUCUUGGCGUACAAGGCUCGGGAGGCGGCGAAAGUGGCGUCGGAGUUGGCGGCGGAGGCGAUGAGAACCAGGCUGGCUGCAGCAACGGCGGCGGCGGCCGAGACGGCGAUGCUCAGGGCAGCGGCUGAGAGCGGCGGUGGCGGCAGCAACAGCGGCGGCGGCGGUCAGAUUGAGAACGGGGAGCGAGGAGGGGGAAGUGCUUUGUUUUUCGUGCCUCCCGAUGGCGACCAGGAAGGAUGGGACAAAGGCCAGGAAAUGAGGCUGUGGCCUCGGAAACCAGCCCCCUCGAGACCGGUCGAGGACCAGAGCGGCGAGGAAGGGGACGCGGGGUGGGCGGCGGGGGGUACCACCGCUCGGGACGACACCGACGACGGCAACGAGGUGCCGGCAAAGAAAAAGGCCAAGAUAUGA